AUGCACCGGCCCGGGCCACGGAGGGCGGCACUCUGUGAUCCGGGGGGAGCGUCCCGUGAGACGUGCGCAUGGACUCUCUUCGGAGGGUUGGUGCGCACAGGCCCCAGCGGAGGGGGCGGGGAGCUCUCCAGGUGCGGAGGAUCACCUGGUAAAAUGAAGGGAGAUGGCACGGUGGGGGGAGAUGCCCUGGCCAAAACGAAAAAGGUGGCGAGAAAGGCAGGGCCGGCUCUGGCUAAGAUUCAAUGCAGAGCACCGAUCAUUCGAGGAGUCGAAAGGGCAACGGGAAACCGUUGCAGGUUGGCCAGUUCAGCUACCCCGCGCCCUCCUUGGAGGGCGAUGGGUAGAUGGCGUGCCUCCUGGGCUGGAGGCGAACCAGGUCGACGAAGGAACAGCGAGGCCUCGUUUCUAACGGGGCUGAGCGUGGACCUCGGCCUGGAGGGAGGGAUGGAGCACACCCGGCUGGUGCGUCGUUGUCAUCCCGCUGCGGGCAGGCCGCCGCGGCACGUGGAACGAUUGGGGGGAUGGCUUGCACACUUGGGGCCAACCCAUCACACCCCGGCUUGGGGAACCCGGGAGUGAGGCCCGGAGCCUUUGCCAGAGGCUCUGGCCGAAAAUGGGAAGAAAUGACGGCAGGCGAGCGAGGGAAGGAC